UCGUGUGACACGUUCAACAUGAGUGACAACGUGGUAGCCGACGUACAAAAUCUGAUUUUGUCCGAGGAUAAGGCAUGAAUUCCUUAACUUUACAUACACUUCGGCUUUUUUAACGGUUCUUUGUUCCUUGAUAUUAAGACUACUAUGUUGACGAGUUUUCGCGUUUGUAGGACCGUUUACUGCGGUACUAAGUGGACACAUGCUCGGACAAAGUCGAUGAAAGCAAAGAAGAAAAAUGCUGUGGUGGAAAAGUCUAUAUCUGAACUUAAUCCUUGGCCCUCAUUCAUUCAGGAUCGUCUUGUAUUGUGGGACAAGUUAAAAAAGAAGUACGAGGCUGACUUAGCUAGAAAAACUCCUGUCGAUAUAACUGUGACUCUUCCAGAUGGCAAAGAAGUGUCUGCUCAAUCCUGGCGUACAACUCCUUAUGAAGUCGCGAAAAAUAUUAGUCAAGGAUUGGCAGAUAAUACUGUAAUUGCAAAGGUUAACAAUGAAUUAUGGGAUCUUGACAGACCUUUAGAAUACGAUUGCAAGCUUCAAUUAUUAAAAUUUGAUGAUGCGGAAGGUCGACAAGUGUUUUGGCAUUCCAGCGCUCAUAUUCUCGGGGAAGCUAUGGAAAGAAUAUAUGGUGGUUGUCUCUGUUAUGGUCCUCCUAUUGAAAAUGGCUUUUACUAUGAUAUGUAUAUAGGAGACAAAGGUAUUUCUAAUACGGAUUUUCCAUAUUUGGAAAAUAUGUACAAGAAUAUAGCCAAAGAGAAACAGCCGUUUGAACGACUGGUAAUGACAAAGAAAGAUCUUAUGGAGAUGUUCAAGUAUAAUGAAUUCAAAAUACGGAUUAUUGCGGAGAAAAUACAUACGCCCACUACUACAGUUUACAAAUGCGGCCCGUUGAUUGAUUUAUGCAGAGGACCGCAUGUCAGGCACACGGGCAAGAUUAAAGCUCUCAAGAUUACGAAAAAUUCGUCCACGUACUGGGAAGGAAACGCUAAUGCAGAGUCAUUGCAGAGGAUUUAUGGAAUAAGUUUUCCCGAUACUAAGCAAUUGAAAGAAUGGGAAAAGUUUCAAGAAGAGGCGGCCAAACGAGAUCACAGAAAGAUUGGAAAGGAACAAGAAUUAUUCUUCUUCCAUGAGCUGUCGCCUGGUUCUUGCUUUUUCCAACCACGUGGUGCAUACAUAUACAAUACAUUGGUCGAAUUUAUUCGUUCCGAGUACAGAAAGAGAGGAUUCCAGGAAGUGAUUUCUCCAAACAUUUAUAAUAGUAAAUUGUGGCAGACUUCCGGACAUUGGCAACAUUAUGCCGAAAAUAUGUUUUCUUUCGACGUAGAAAAAGAGACCUUUGCAUUAAAACCCAUGAAUUGUCCAGGACAUUGUAUGAUAUUCGACGUUCGAUGCAGAUCAUGGCGCGAGUUGCCGCUCAGAAUGGCAGAUUUCGGCGUGUUGCAUCGUAAUGAAUUAUCAGGCGCGUUAACAGGUCUUACUAGAGUGAGACGAUUUCAACAGGACGAUGCACACAUAUUUUGUUCCGUUGAGCAAAUUAAAGAUGAAAUGAUAGCCGCUCUUGAGUUUUUACGGCAUGUUUACGGCAUCUUUGGUUUUACAUUCAACUUAUGCUUGUCCACGCGACCUGAGAAAUAUUUAGGUAGUUUAAAAGUUUGGGAUCGCGCUGAAAAAGCGUUGGAAGAGAGUCUGAAUGCAUUUGGUCAACCAUGGACCCUUAAUCCUCAAGAUGGCGCAUUCUAUGGACCUAAAAUUGACAUAACACUUAUGGACGCGCUUAAAAGAGCCCAUCAGACCGCUACGAUACAAUUGGAUUUCCAGUUGCCAAUGAGAUUCAAUUUAUCUUAUGUUAAUGAAAAUGGAGAAAAAACACGCCCAGUUAUUAUACACAGAGCUAUUCUAGGCUCUGUAGAACGUAUGAUUGCUAUAUUAACUGAAUCAUAUGGAGGAAAGUGGCCAUACUGGCUUUCUCCUCGACAAGCAAUGGUUGUGCCAGUAGUGUCACAAUUUGAUGAGUAUGCCUAUGAAGUGAAACAGAAGCUUUGGGAUGCUGGUGUCAUGGUAGAAGUCGAUACAGAUUCAAGUGAUACUUUGAACAAGAAGAUUCGUAAUGCUCAGCUUGCACAAUUCAACUUUAUACUUGUUGUGGGAGAGAAAGAACGUAAUGCUGGUACAGUGAACAUAAGAACAAGAGACAAUGUAGUGCACGGUGAAAUGGCAGUAGAAGAGUUGAUUGCAAAGUUGAAAAUUAUGAAGGAAACUAGAGAUCCAAGUGGUGAAUUAAAGUCUUAAUUUAACCUUUCCUCUCAUAUUAAAAACCGUUUAUUUAUUUCUAGAUAUAUGAUAUCUCAAUAGGUAACUUAAUAAUGAUUACGAUUCUCCUAAAUUAUUUUUUUUUUUAAUAUAUAUUUUAAAAUGUAUUUUUUAUUCUUGAUGUAAUUUACACUAUGAAUCAAAUGUCAUAAGAAGCAGAUUAAUAU